CCGCGGAGUUGGUGGGCGUGGCCGAGGGCGCCGGACAGAGAGCUCUUCUGGGGUCGCCUGUCAGGGCAGGCGUCGCGGGCGAGAUGGAGCGGCGCAGGCGGGUUGGGCCGCUGUUCUUGCUGGCAGCCGUGGCGUUGUUGCUCGUGAGCGUGGGCCUGGCCGAUGAAGAAGGAACUCAAGAUGAAUCCUUGGAAUCAAAGGCAACCUUGCCAUCAGAAGAACAGGUAGAAGACCAUCGAGCUGGAACUCAUGUGGUAGCAGGUCAAAUCUUCAUUGACUCUGAGGAACCAGAAGGUCACACUGAAGAUGGAGAGAGUCUUAGGAGCCCAGAAGAGCAAGAAAAAACUUUAGAGGAAUUGAGCUCUCUAGAAUUGUCAGGAUCCUUAGAAGAGAUUGAAGUGCAAAAACCAGUUUUAAAAGCCAUCGGCGGGACUGCCGAUGGUGAGCUGUGCCACUUCCCCUUCCUUUUUCUGGAGAAGGAAUAUGUGGAAUGUACUGCUGAUGGGCGGGAAGAUGGCAGGCUCUGGUGUGCCACAACCUAUGACUACAAGAGUGACCAGAAGUGGGGCUUCUGUGAAACUGAAGAACAGUCAAAUAAAAGAAGACAAAUGCAAGAGGCAGAGGAUGUUUACCAAACUGGGUUGAAAAUCCUUAAUGUGAGCAGUAAAAAGGCCCAGAAGAAAGAAGCUUAUCAAUACCUCCUGAGAGCAGCUGACAUGAAUCAUACCAAGGCAAUGGAAAAAGUCUCUUACGCCAUGUUGUUCGGGGACUACCUGAAGCAGAAUGUCCAGGGGGCUAAAGAACUGUUUGAGAAACUAACAGAAGAAGGGUCUCCCAAAGGGCAAACGGCUCUUGGUUUCCUGUAUGCUUCUGGCCUUGGUGUUGAUUCCAACCAAGCAAAGGCUCUGGUUUAUUACACUUUUGGAGCUCUUGGAGGAAAUUUGAUAGCUCACAUGAUCUUAGGUUACCGCUAUUGGGCUGGUAUAGGAGUCCUUCAGAGCUGUGAAUCUGCUCUCACGCAUUAUCGGCUAGUUGCCAAUCAUGUGGCAAGUGACAUCUCUCUGACAGGAGGGACAGUGGUGCAGAGGAUUCGCCUGCCAGAUGAAGUAGAAAAUCCAGGGAUGGCAAGUGGGAUGCUGGAAGAAGAUUUGAUACAAUAUUACCAGUUUUUAGCUGAAAAAGGAGACGUACAGGCACAAGUUGGGCUUGGGCAGUUGCAUCUCCAUGGAGGAAGAGGAGUAGAACAAAAUCAUCAGAGAGCUUUUUGAAUACUUCAAUCAAGCUAAGCUAAUGCUGGCAACUCACACGCCAUGGCAUUUUGGGAAGGUAAGAUACCAGAAGGAAGUGAUAUUGUACCCCAGAGCAAGACAGCUCUUCAGUACUUCAAGAAAGCUGCUGAUAUGGUAACCUGUGGACAAAGUGGUCUAGGAAUGGCUUAUCUAUAUGGAAGAGGUGUUCCAGUGAAUUAUGAUCUGGCACUGAAAUAUUUCCAGAAGGCAGCCGAUCAAGGAUGGGUAGAUGGACAGCUUCAGUUGGGCUCCAUGUAUUACAAUGGCAUUGGAGUCAAAAAAAAGGAUUAUUCAAAGGCUUUGAAUUUUUUCAACUUAGCUUCUCAAGGAGGCCACAUUCUAGCCUUCUAUAACCUGGCACAGAUGCAUGCCACUGCCACUGGGGUAGAGCGCUCCUGUCGGCUUUCUCUGCAGCUGUUUAAGAACGCCUGUGAACGAGGCCGCUGGUCCUAGCUCAUGACCGCCUACAACAGCUACAAAGAAGGUGAUGCAAAUUCUGCUGUGGUUCAGUAUCUCCUGUUGGCGGAGCAAGGCUAUGAAGUGGCGCAGAGCAAUGCUGCCUUCAUACUUGAUCAAAAAGAAGCCAGCAUCAUAGAAGAAAAUGAGACGUAUACCAGAGCUUUGCUACACUGGAACAGAGCUGCCUCGCAAGGUUACACUGUUGCUAGACUCAAACUCGGUGAUUACCACUUCUACGGCUUUGGCACUGACGUUGAUUAUGAAACUGCAUUUAUUCACUACCACCUGGCAACAGAGCAUCAACAUAGUGCUCAAGCUAUGUUCAACCUUGGGUACAUGCAUGAGAAGGGACUUGGCAUCAAGCAGGAUCCAAUCUUUGCAAAACGCUUCUAUGACAUGGCUGCUGAUGCUAGUCCCGAUGCUCAAGUUCCAGUCUUCCUUGCCCCUCUGCAAAUUGGGAAUCGCUAUGCCUUCCAGCAUAUACAAGAAGCCAAUGUAAACCCAGUGUUCUCCCAUCUUGACAUGGAUCAGCUCUUGGGACCAGAGUGGGACCUUUACCUCAUGCUCAUCAUUGCUCUGCUCCUGGGCACAGUUAUAGCUUACAGACAGAGGCAGCAUCAGCAACUCCCCAGGCCUGCAGGACUCCGACCAGCCGCACCUCCCCAAGAGUCUCCUCCAGAACAUCCUCCACAUCAAUAG